UGAACUGUGCUAUGGAGUAGAAGCAGAAGCUUUUCAAUCUAGUGACAGUCACAGCGCAGCACCUACCCCUCCUCCUUUCCACACCUGCAAGCUCUUUUGCUUGGGCUGAAUUUAGUGUAAUUACAUCUCAGCUUUGAGGGCUCCUGUGGCAAAUUCCCGGAUUAAAAGGUUCCUUGGUUGUGAAAAUACAUGAGAUAAAUCAUGAAGGCAACUCUCAUCUUCCUUCUGCUUGUUCAAGUUUCCUGGGCCGGCCCUUUUCAACAGAGCGGCUUAUUUGACUUUAUGCUAGAAGAUGAAGCUUCUGGGGCAGGUUCAGAAGAGAAAGCCAUAAAACCUGAUGUUCCUAUCUUCGACCCCCUGGGACCAAUGUGUCCCUUUCGCUGCCAGUGUCAUCUUCGAGUUGUCCAAUGUUCUGAUUUGGGUCUGGAAAAAGUACCAAAAGAUCUUCCCCCUGAUACUAUGCUGCUGGAUUUGCAAAACAACAAAAUAACUGAAAUAAAAGAUGGGGAUUUUAAGAACCUGAAGAACCUUCAUUCAUUGAUUCUUGUCAACAACAAAAUUAGCAAAAUCAGCCCUGCAGCAUUUGCACCUUUGGUGAAAUUGGAACGGCUUUAUCUGUCCAAGAAUCAGCUAAAAGAAUUGCCAGAAAAAAUGCCCAAAUCUCUUCAGGAACUUCGUGCCCAUGAGAAUGAAAUCAGCAAAGUGCGAAAAGCUGUUUUCAAUGAAUUGAACCAGAUGAUUGUCAUAGAACUGGGUACCAACCCUCUGAAAAGUUCAGGGAUUGAAAAAGGAGCAUUCCAGGGAAUGAAGAAGCUCUCUUACAUCCGUAUUGCUGAUACCAAUAUAACCACCAUCCCUCAAGGUCUUCCUUCUUCCCUUACUGAAUUACAUCUUGAUGGCAACAAAAUUACAAAAAUUGAUGGAGAUAGUCUGAAAGGAUUGAAUAAUCUGGCUAAGUUGGGACUAAGUUUCAAUAGCAUCUCUGUCGUUGAAAAUGGCUCUUUGGCAAACACUCCUCAUCUGCGCGAACUUCACUUGGAUAACAACAAGCUUAUCAAAGUGCCUGGUGGGCUGGCAGAGCAUAAGUACAUACAGGUUGUCUACCUUCAUAACAAUAAUAUCUCUGCUGUUGGGUCUAAUGACUUCUGCCCACCUGGCUACAACACUAAAAAGGCUUCUUACUCUGGUGUGAGCCUUUUCAGCAACCCAGUCCAAUACUGGGAGAUCCAACCAUCCACCUUCCGUUGUGUCUAUGUACGCUCUGCCAUUCAGCUUGGAAACUACAAGUAAUUUCCACAGGAGGAAUUUUCCAUAUGAUGCUACAAAAUAUCAUUAAUAUUAUUUCUCAGAAGAAAAAAUAAAAGAAGUUAGAUUCUGAAAAUAUAACUGCAAUGUGGACGUUUUUUCCCACAUGAUUUAUUAUUCAUAAAGUCAAAUAUGCAGUUUCAAUAAUUGCCUAUAAUAAAUAAAAAAUUUGCCUGCCA